AUGUGGCGGGGGGCCCGAAAGGUGUCUGUGCGGAAGCCACUAUCAGACGUGGAGACCUUUGAGAAGGAGACAGCCACAUUCCAGCUGGAGCUGUCCCAUGCCGACGUGCCCGGGGUGUGGACGCGGGAUGGCAUCCGGGUGAAACCCAGCCGGACCUGCCUGGUCAGUGCCACGGGCUGCGUGCACAGCCUGACGCUGCUGGGGCUCAUGCUGGAGGAUUCGGGCACCGUCACCUUCACCGCCGACACCCUGCGUUCCAGCGCCCGCCUGACAAUCAGAGAGCCGCCAGUUGCCAUGGUGAAGGCCCCCCGGGACGUGGGUGUCCCUGAGACAGGGGCUGCCAGCUUCGAGUGCGAGCUGUCCCGCCCCAUUGCGGAGGUGAAGUGGUACAAGGAUGGGACGGCGCUCCGAGCGGGGCCCAAGUGCCGCAUCUACUCAGUGGGCCGCCGGCGCUUGCUGCAGCUCAGCCGCUGCAGCCUGGAAGAUGCAGGGGAGUACAUGUGCGACGCAGGCGACUGCCGGGCCUCCGCCACGCUGCGGGUCUACGGUACGACGGGCCGGCCGAGGGGCUCCAGGGGUGAAAGCGGGGAGGGCUGA